GACCUUAGUAGUAACAGUAGAACACUACAAAAGUGCAACGUGGCACUGAAAUCGAUUAUACUGUAGCUCAACAAUUUAAUUACAAGUAUCUGGACGUACAUACAUACAUAAGUUGUAACGUAAAAGUAAAGGCAGUAAAAUGUCCUCGGAUGACGACAAUAAUUCGUUAAACUCAUCAGCCAAAUCGGACGCAAGACUUAACGAACCGUUAAAUGGCGCAUCGAUGCCGGCGCUGAAUUCGUCGGCGGCCAAUACAAAUGCGGUUAAUGGAAGUGGUGGUGGCGGAAGUGGAACUUCCUCUCAAUUGGUGAGACGUAAAAAAGUCAUGCCGCUGGAGCAUGGCUGCGAGGACAAUUGGACGUGGAGUAAACGGCAUCGCUCGAAAGAAAUAGUGCUGAGUGGUCCCAAUAAUCGCACAGUGCAUUUUCAUCCAAAUUGGAGUAAAGGAACGGCGGGUGUACAAGGCAAACGCCCGCUGAAUAAUGGCCGCUUCUAUUGGGAAUUGCAUGUGUCGCAGCGUGUCUUCGGCACCAGUAUUAUGUUUGGUAUCGGCACAAAGCAAGCACGACUUCACGCCAACUCCUUUCGGAAUAUGCUCGGUGAGAAUGAACAUGGCUGGGGUCUAUCGCACAAGGGUGUGCUUUGGCACAAAGGUGUAGCGCUGCUGUACACUAAACGUUUCAAAGAAAAUCACCCCACAGUUAUAGGCGUGCUCUUCGAUGGCAUCGAGGGUACGCUCAGCUAUUACAAAGAUGGCAAAUGUUUGGGUGUAGCUUUUAGGGGUUUAGAUAAGAUAAAGGAACCGCUAUAUCCGAUUGUCUGCUCGACUGCGGCGAAAACUGAAAUGACUCUGAAGUGUACGCGGCGGGAUUUUGUAAAUCUGCAAGAUCGUUGUCGAGCCGAAAUUAUUAAGCACGUCAAGACGAGAGAGGAUUUGGUAAAAUUGAAAUUGCCGCCACUCAUUACGCAAUAUUUGAGCGAAGUGGUGAACGAUGUGGCGCCACUGCGCCAAGUGGACAACUAUGACAUUUUAUGCGAUUUUUAAAUUGUAACAGCUGACACUGCGUAAGUGGUAUUUGGAGUAAUACUAAAAGAACGGUGGUACUAACAUGGGUAUAUGAGUGUGUGUGUGUGUGUAUUUAUACAAAUUAAAUAUUGUAAAUAUAGUUUAUAAUUAUAAAUGCGUCCUUGUUUGCUGGAACAUUUGAAAAAAAUUUUAAAACUGCUUCAAAUCACUCCUAUCAGCAUAUGAGCAAUCCGCGAUGUAAUUAAUUUGGUAUAAAAUACAUGAGAACAAGGUAGUAAGCUUAUUGACAAGAAUGUCAAAUUCACAUACAAGUGCAAAACAAAGCUAUGACAACACGUUAUCGGCGGUAGUUCAGAACGCAAUUCGGUACACCAUCUUUUCAUAAUUAAAAUAAUCGUCAAUAUUAAUUGAUAAUAAUUGAUAAUAAUUAAUCUUGUUAAUGAGAAAACUAAAAAACGUAAACAUUAGAGAUUCUUAUGCUCUUUAAAUAGUACCAUAUUGAGCCCUGUAACGUUCAGCCACUUGUACAGCUGGCCUCACCUAAAUGGUUAUUGACAAAUUGGCGUUUAAAAUCGCUUUUCUACUUUGAAGCACAAAAGCUCAACGCGGAGAAGCGUAAAUAGAAUGUCAAUGCAUAUUUUGAGGCGCAAUCAGUAUUUUUACUAAAUUGUUAAAAUUAUUUCGAUGAUUAAAAUUUGAGUUAAACUUUAAUUUUAAUUAAUUUCUGAAGCGAAAUAUUGUUUAAAACAAGUGAGUAAUAAGAGUUCUGAACAAAUGUAUUAUAAAUCUUAGUGCAUAAUUUAAUAAACCGUGAAGUCCGCCGUGCCAUAUAUUAUGCAAGAUAUAGACUAUAUGCACUUGUAUAUAAACAAAUCUGUCUAUCUGCAUUUGCUUCGAUUAUAUGGUAAAUUCGCUACUAAGGCACACACAUACAAAUAAGCAGGAAAUUGUCGCAUAAACUUUUUCAUUGAAGUUUGUGUACUGUAAAGUCAACAAAUUGUAUACAAACUUGUGCAUGAACAUACAUAUAUAGUAUUUGAAGCUUAUAACUACAUAAAAGCUAGUCACUACAAAUAAUUAUUAGAUGUAAACAAAAACAAUAAUUAGACUUGCAUUUAUUAAAAAAAAAAUAAAACUUAGGAAAACUUGAAUGCAAGCGCAAGAAAUUGAAUAGGCGUAAACUAAGGCAUGAAGAAAUGAAUACCAAUACAAGUUUGACAAAAACAUAAAAAAUAUUUAAAAUUAAAUAUAGGUAUAUAGUAAAAUUUAAUCUAUAAAAGAUAUAAUUUUUGUAUAUUUGGUGUGAUUUUUAUAUUUUUAAUAUGUGUUUUUAGAUUUGAUAUAUUUUUGUCAUAAAAGCAGUUUUAAAUUGCACUUUCAAUGACAUCUAGUUCCAAAUCACUUUUAUUUCAAUCAGUAUUAUUAUUAUAAUAUUUUCCUCUUUGCUUGUAAAUUCGCGUUUUUUUUUUGUUUUAUGUUUUAAUAUAAACGAAUUUGGAAUAUUUUCCUCUUUGCUUGUAAAUUGACGUUUUUUUUUGUUUUAUGUUAUAAUAUAAAGGUAUUUGGAAUCAAUAUAUACAUAUGUACAUAUGUAUGUAUGUACACGUCAGCGUAAAGAGCUGAACCGUUUUAGUCAUGUCCGUCUGAAUAUACGCGAAUUAGUCUCUCAGUUUUUGAGAUAUACAAACCGGCCAAUCAAAACUUUGUUCUUGUAAAGAAACUUCUUUAUUUGUGAAGGAGGUUAAUGUUUCUUCUUUUUUUUUAAAUUGUUAUUUGUAAAUUAAUCGGAAAACAUUUCGAUAACUUUUCUUUAUUUGACGUUUGUAUGCCUAUUCCAUACACAUAAAUAAACUUAGCGUAAAAUUAUUUAAAAAUACAAAGGCCUAUUUGGUGCAAUAUUGUGAUAACUUAUAAGAUUGUAUUAGUAUACAUUUGCAUUGCGGUUAAUGUUCAGUUAUUUUGUAAAUUGUAUACAAAGCAUGUGUUUAAACACAUAUAUAAAUAAAUAUAAUACAUUUUACCCUGAUCCUUCUUUGUAAUUAGUUUGCUUUUUAAACGAACAAUUUUUUUCUUAUUGAAUAACUCUGUUACUGUGUUGCUUUUUAUUUUGUUCAUUUGAGUUAAAAAAAUUUCCGCCUAUCCUAAAACUAUUUAAAACGUUUUGCAAAUAUGCAAGGCUUUAAUAUUGAAAAAUGUAAAUUAUCGAAAGCGGAAUUGGGUGAAUUCUAGUCAUAUAAGUUGUUGCACUGCUAGCGCAAAAAUAAAAACGCCAUCGGCAGUCAGCAAUUUUAGAAAAUAACUGUAAUUAGUUAAGUUAUUUGUUCAAAUGUGAAAAAUAUUCAACAACACGCAUUAUAAAACUAUUUAUGUCUAAUAAAAAAAACUAUGUGUGUCUAAAUAA